AGAAUUGAAAAGAGUAAGAUAUUUCACAUAUAUUUAAAUUCGAGUGUAGAAGAAUAAAAGCAACGACGACCUAGGAAAAAUAGAAGUUAAGGAAGGAGUCGCACAAAGAUUAUUACUAGUGAAGAAAAACAAUGGCUUGGGAUUUGCUCUUGUGGAUUCUUUCCUUCUUCAUCAGCUUAGCGCUCGUAGCUUCAGUCUUCUAUCAGGUUAUAUGUUUAACGGAUUUAGAAGCUGAUUACCUGAACCCUUUUGAAACAUCAUCCCGCAUCAACCGAUUGGUCCUACCUGAGUUUAUCCUCCAAGGAUUCCUCUGCAUUCUCUUCCUCCUCACAUGGCAUUGGUUCUUUUUCCUCGUCUCUCUCCCUGUAACUCUCUAUCACGCAAUGUUAUACAAUGAGCGACGACAUCUCAUCGAUGUCACUGAAGUGUUCCGUGGUAUUAACUUUGAAAAAAAGUUGCGGUUUACCAAGCUCGGUUUCUACAUCUUUCUCUUCAUCAUGGUUGUCUUUAGGCUCACUCUCUCGGCAGUCUAUAGCUUCACGGAGGACGAUGAUCUACUCCAUUUGUUUUGAUUCAUGCGCACGGCUUUAACCACUCUUUUUACUUUUUUUUUUUAUAGAAACUUGGUGACACUUGUUUUACAUCCCUGCUUAGAAUUUAGUCAAUUAGGAAUUUCCACCUCAUUAUUCAAUUUCUUGGGAGAUUACGGUCUUAUAUGAUGUAGCUUUAUAUAAUGUAUGAUUACCAAAUCAUUUCACAUUGAAAAUCUCACAAGUUUUCUGCACAGUAUAUAAUGUUUCAAGCUCA